CCAUGCUGCAGGGAGUGAUGGUUUGGUGUGAACAUACACACUGUGAACCGGACCGAUGCCGCACCGCCCUCCAGGACUUCUACCAGAAAGUGAGCCCUAGGAGGCUACAGGUGGCCUUCUGUGUCUGCAGGCAAAGUGACCCAGAUGGCGAGUGUCUCACGGCGAUGAGGAAGCUCCACCCGACCUGUGCUGAGACACGCUGGCAGAGAUCCUAUGAAGUGCCACAAGAUCGCUGAGCAGUGCCGCCAGAACCGUGUGUGUAGCGGAAAACUUCAAGAAUACGAGCAGAAAUGUGCAGCAGACGCCAUGACAGGAAGAUGUUCAGGGACUCACCGCAACUGCCAAAAAGCUGUUAUGAAUAUCUUAGGUACAGAGCUUCACGCCACCUGUGUGUGUAAAGGGACGGACUUCCUCCACCAACACGACUGCUACACCUGGCAGAAGCUCUUAUGGUCAAACCCCUGCGUCAUUGAGAGUCACCUGCAGCUUCACGAGGAGAUCAACAGCGGCGUCAGCGAGAAUUUGGACGAGACCUUCCGUAAGAUGACCCCCGCCCACACCACGCCCGCGCCCCGCCAGCCCUACGCCCACCCCUCGCCCGACACAGACUACAGGCGCCCCACCAACUAUGGUGACAUCCGCUACAGUCCCCAGGACCCACGACCCUCCGAGACCUACACUCACGACCGCUCCCUCUGGCGGCGGCCGGGGAUAGCCAUAGAGCGAGGACACGGCGUGGGGGGACUGGGCAUUCCCUUCGGCAGCAUAAAUGGAGAAGGUCCCCUCCCGACGGGGCAAGACGGACGUACCCGGAUCAUUAAUGGCCUUGGAAGCGGCAACACUGGUCUCCGUUUCCCAACUGAGGAAGAUGAAACCUUGUGGCCCAGCCAUAAUGUGGGCGGCUCUCGGGUCAACGGCGGCAGGAGCAGGAACGGUGACGGUGGACGAAACAGGAACGGCCUGAGUGUGGGGGGCAGGGAGCGAGGAAGGGGGCCCGGCAUCACCAUCGGGAGAGGCGACCGAGGGAGGGCAGGGAUCAGCAUCGGAGGGAGCGAACGACGGAUGCCCGGGGGAGAUGACCGGAAGGAUACCGGCCCGGUGCUGUGGAAUACUCGCAACCGAGGGGGAGGACUGAGUGUGGGGUCUGAACGUAACAACGGUGACGUCUUCGGCAACAACCAGAACGGCAACAUUUACAGAGGUCGAGGGCGUCCCGAGGGGGGCCACAGGGGUACACCCAUCUCCUUGGGCGAGCCUGGCCGUGACGGAGGACUGAUGCCCGGCAGACAGAACUGGAUGGAUAACUUAGCGGGACGGACGGGGGGCAGUGGGGGCGCCAGGGUCGACCAGUACCCUCGACCAAACGGUGAGGACAGACAACACCCGACCCGCCCCCCCAUCUACCAGCCCAACGGCCGUCAGCACCACUACCCCAUCACCCCUCACGUGUACGUCGCCAUCACCACCACGCCCACGCCCCCGCCCACGCCGCCCUCCUCUACCACCACCCCCGCCACUACCACCUCACCCGGACGAUCCUGUACCAUGAAGACUGGGGACAUGACCACCAUGAGGAUCCCUGAAGGCAGCUCCAAGAGGUACUACAAGGACUCAGACUGCUCAGAGCUGUGCCAAUGUAUACCUCUCAACCGCGAUAAAGUAUUAGAGGCGUCCUGCAUCACUCUGGCCUGCAUGGAGAACAAGUCAUGUAACACCACUCGAGCCGUCUACCCCCACACGGCCCCAUACUACCUCGCCUACAGGGGUGUGUGUGUCUGUUACAGCAACAACUUCAUCUGUCAGCCCAGCAGAUUACAAAGCUACCUGUAUCUCUCCCUUACAGAAGAAUACAGCCUGGGCCCUGGCAUCUACCUGUUCCUAGGAUACAGUCGGGGCGAGGUUGAGAUACUGAGGCCUCAUACAGACACUAAUGAACACGAAGCCGUCAAGGUGUUGGAAGCUGUCCUGAUUAGAGACUACGACUUCAAGUGCACCUUGGAGACGAAACAUCACCUGGGAGAGAACUUCAUCAUCCUGGCCAAGUUAGUUGUUAACCCCGAGAGCUACGUCAGCCCCUUCCUGAGGCAGCGUCGGGAAAAG